CAGUCGAGUGUCUAUCGCAGCAUAAAGUGGCUGUCGUCGUUCGAGUGCGGAAUCGAACGGAUCAUUUGACCGUUUUCUUGCGGUUCAUGCACCCGUUUUUACAACGUCAGCAACUCAACUACAUAAUCAUCGUCGUCGAACAAUCUGAAAAAUCGCCAUUCAACCGGGGGAUGCUAAUGAAUAUCGGCUUCAAAGAGGCCCAGUUGCUACAAGAGAAUUUCCAAUGUUUCAUCUUUCACGACGUUGACCUUCUGCCAGAAUACGACGGCAAUCCUUACACCUGCCCAGAAGACGGAAAGCCUCGACAGAUGGCCUUUUCCGUUGAUUCAUGGAACUACAAACCCACAUCCGCAAACCAUUUCGGAGGUGUGACCGCAUUAUCGACCAAUGAUUUUCAAAGUGUCAACGGAUUUUCAAAUUCAUUUUGGGGUUGGGGUGGCGAGGACGAUCAAUUGUAUCAACGCGUCAAGCGGCGUCAAGUCACAAAACCUGAACGUGACGAGAGCUUUUGAUGAACAGCCAUCCCUUAUUCAUCUAGCCCGUUACAAGACGCUGUCCCACAAAAAAGCCUCACCCAAUCCUGACAGGAUGCAAGUAAUCAAAGAAGGUCCCAGCCGAUUUAAAACUGAUGGACUGGUCGAACUGAGAUAUAAGAGACUUUAUUUACAAUUUAAACCUCUUUACACUCAUGUUCUUGUCGAUAUUCAACCGCAUAACAUUACAAACAUUACUAAUUAGCACUUACAAUUUUUUAUCAGGAUCAACAAUUUCAUGCAUUGUGAUGUAAAUGAAAAUUCAAUAAAUUAUGUAAUUUGGAACGUAUAGACCCAACAC